AUGACUCAGUCUCAACCGAAUUCUAGUUUAGCCGAGUUUGAUCCCGAAAUUGAAAGAACCUUGUUACAUACUCGGCAAGCUACGCGGCGGUUGGAUUACACGGCUAGUGACUUAGAGUCCACAACUCCCUAUUCCUCUGUUGGUACUACUGAUACAUCUUUGUAUACUACAGGUGAAAACCACAUGGCAGAGCCACAUAGGAUUACCUUGCACGAACAAGGAGCACCGGAUCUCAUUCUUCAACCGUUGCAAGCUAGGUAUCUGAAUCUUGAUCCGAAUUUUGAGUUGAAGAAUAGUCUGAUUAACUUGCUCCCUAAGUAUCAUGGACUACCAGGCCAAGUCCCUAUUAGGCACUUGAGAGACUUUCAAGUAGAUUGUUCUACGGUCCGAAGGCAUGGUGCCGAUGAGAUUGCUAUAUACUAUUUCACUGGAGGUCUUUGUCCAGCGGAUAAGAGAUUGCUCAUCGCCUCUAGUAGUGGUUCCUUUUCCAAGAAUAAGACGGCGGCGGAAGCAUGGAGUUUUAUCAAUAAUGUCGCCGAAGCUAUCCAACAUGUGAAGGUGAGGAACAAUCCUCCCAAGAGUGUGGUGGAAGCACCUCCUUCCGAAUCGGUUUUGACUAAAGUACUUGGAGACAUGACCACUCUCCUCACAGAGAUUCGCAAAGAACAAAAGGCAAUUCAAUCAAUCCAAGCCAUCCAAGCCCCACCUCAAAUCCUCCAACAUGAAGGACCUCCUAGAGUAUGUGGUUUAUGCUCUAGUACCGCAUGUUACACCGACCAAUGUCAUCAAGUCCAAGAGGAUUACACUCUCGCGGUAGCCAACGUGAACUACAACAACCGUCCACCCUAUCAAUCUCAAGGUCAAAACAAUUAUUCUCAUGGUAAUAGUUCUAAUCAAGGGUGGAGGGACAAUUCUCAAGGGAACAACCACAACAACAACCAAUCUUCUUCCCAAUAUCACAACAAUACCAACCAAAACCACCAUAACCAACCAUACCAACACUCACAACAAAACCAAAACAACAACCAUAGAUACCAAACACCUCACCAAAGACAACAAACCAAUCAACCUUCUUCUUCUUCCAUUAACCAAUGUGAUGACUCUGACCGUGCACUCUAUCAAGAGCAAGAGAGACUUAGGAUUAUGGUAGAAAAAAAUGAGGAGAACACUAGGAACAUCAAUGCACAAUUAGGUAACAUGAGUGCUCAAACGUCCAACAUAACUGAAAUGCUUUCAAGGAUGUCCCUACCUCCUACCAAUAAUACCAAUACCAACCAAGUCUCUAGCUCAUCCAACCUUCCUUCCCAACUUCUCCCAAACCCAAAGGGUAGCAUCAACGCAAUCACCUUGAGGAGUGGUACAACACUUGAGGAAGUUGAACCUAAGCCCAUUAAGUUGGCAGAGGAUGUUCCUAAGGUAGAAGUUGGUGAAACAAUGGAGAUAGAUGAAGAUGAAAAGGAGGAAGAAGUUGCAAAGGAAGAAGAAGAGCAAUUGAGGGCCAAGGAACCGUUUCCUACAGUAGCCAAGAAGGCCAAGAAGCAUGAGGAGCUUGAUCCCAACAUAGUGCAAAUCUUCAAGAAUGUGGAGGUAACAAUUCCACUCUUUGAUGCCAUACAUCAAGUUCCGAAAUAUGCUAAGUUCCUUAAGGAUGUGUGCACUCAUAAAGAGAAGAUUGGUGGACUAGGGAUGAAUCUAUUAGGCAAUUCUGUUUCUUCUGUGAUGGAUGAUUUUCCUGAAAAGUAUAGUGAUCCCGGUCCUUGCUUGGUAUCUUGUAUGAUUGGUAAGAUUCAACUUAAGGAUUGCAUGUGCGACUUUGGGUCGUGUGUGAGCAUUAUGCCAUUCUCGAUUUAUGAGAAGUUGAACCUUACACCAUUGAGGCAAUCCGGAGCUAGGUUUAUGCUUGCGGACAAGAUUAUAAUUUCAGUUGUGGGUAUUGCUGAGAAUGUAUUGGUGAGAAUUCUGGACUUAAUCUUUCUGGUGGAUUUCUAUAUCCUAGAGACACCUCCCAUUGAUUCGGAUAGGCCAUCCUCCAUCUUACUUGGUAGGCCAUUCUUGAAGACAUCCCGUUUUAAAUUAGAUCUAUUUUUUAGGGAUUACUCAUUUGAAGCCAAAGGGAAGGUGGUGAAGUUCAAAUUGGAGGAAACCAUGAAGCAACCUCUAGAGGUACAUUCAAUUUUUGGUUGUCACAUUUUUGAAGAUGAUGUGAUUGAAGAACACCUUGGGAGUAAUGAUGAGAUAAGUGUCAAUAGGAAUUUGGGUAUAAAAGGAGUUAGCAAGGAAAAAGGGAAGGAUCCAUGA